CAAUGAACCCAAACGAAAGGGAAACGAAACGAAUAAAGCUAAACCCUUUCUCCCUUUCCGCAUCCAGAUUUUGAAGUCCUCCCAUAUCACCGUCCAAAGACUCUCUCUCUCUGUAAAACCCUCGAAGGAGGAUUUCUUGGUUCGCCUCGAGCUUAAAGAACUCACCGAUUUCUAAAGUCUGCGAACUCGGUUAGCUCAGUCGAUAUAUAUAUAUAUACAAUUAUAUAUCCUUUCUUCUUCAAUUUUAUUUUUGUUUUUUUCCUUGAAAAUUAUUAUUUGUCAUUGUCGGAUUGGGUUCAGGUUUAUUUACUCGUUGUAUGGCAUAUUGCGAUGUGCUGAAUUUGUUGUUCGCGGCGGGUGUUUGGUGCACUGCUUAUCUCACUGUUGCAGUUCUCACUUCUUUACGCUUCUUCAACUUCCUUUGCCCUAAUCUUAACUAUUAAUUAGUCAAAACCCAAAACCGAAUACACACAAACAGAUAGAACACCCGCCAAAUAUAUCAUCAUGGGGUUUGCACAACUCGUUAUUGGCCCUGCUGGCAGUGGCAAGUCGACUUAUUGUUCUAGUUUAUACCAACACUGUGAGACCGUGGGGCGAUCUAUACAUAUUGUCAACUUGGAUCCUGCUGCAGAGAACUUUGACUAUCCCGUGGCAAUGGAUAUAAGGGAACUCAUCAACUUGGAUGAUGUUAUGGAUGAACUUGGACUGGGUCCCAAUGGAGGCCUUAUAUACUGCAUGGAGCACCUUGAAGAUAAUCUGGAUGAUUGGUUGACGGAAGAAUUGGACAAUUACUCAGAUGAUGACUACUUGGUUUUUGACUGUCCAGGCCAAAUAGAACUUUUUUCUCAUGUGCCAGUGCUGCGGAAUUUUGUGGACCAUUUGAAGCGUAAAAAUUUCAAUGUUUGUGCUGUAUACUUGCUUGAUUCACAGUUUAUGACGGAUGUGACCAAGUUCAUUAGUGGGUGCAUGGCAUCACUUUCUGCAAUGAUCCAACUUGAACUGCCCCAUAUUAACAUCCUCUCCAAAAUGGACCUCGUUUCCAACAAAAAGGACAUUGAAGACUUUCUGAAUCCAGAGCCUCAAUUUUUGUUAUCAGAGCUGAAUCAACGCAUGGCUCCUCAGUUUGCCAAGCUGAAUAAAGCUUUGAUUGAACUGGUCGAUGAGUUUAGCAUGGUGAGCUUUGUGCCACUAGACCUGAGGAAGGAGAGCAGCAUACGAUAUGUAUUGGCUCAAAUUGACAACUGCAUUCAGUAUGGAGAAGAUGCCGAUGUGAAGAUUAAAGAUUACGAUCCUGAGAAUGAUGAUGAGUAGAUUUUUGCAAUAUCUGGUGUUCGUGUGAAAAUAUAUUUCUGUUGGCUCCUUUGUGACCAUUUCAUGGAGUAAAAAUGCCAAAACUACGGAAACGGUGUCAAUAUGUAGGAUUAAACCAUUAACUUUUACAAUGAAUCAGUGAGAAUAUCAUUAGAUAUCGCUUUCUUUGUGGGUUGAAA